AUGGCCGAAAUUGACGUCCUCAACGUUGAUAUAUCCCUGGACCCUCUGUCAGCUCUGCCAUUCUCUUCUCUCGUCCGCAUGGUCCUUAUUGAAGAAAUAUUAAUGGGCAUAAAGUUGUCGAGAGUUCUAGCCCUUCGUCCGAAUAAGGCAAAGUCGACAUUUCUAUCCUUAGAGAACUUCAACCUUACUCUCAGCCACCACCAACCUUCUAUUGCAUACGCCACCGGAACUUCCAAAACCAUGCCACCACGACUGAGCAAGCGACAACAAAGAGAACAAGAAGAAAUAGCGGCUCUUGCCGCACGUCAAGUUGAAUCUACAUCACUGGAAACUCCUGCGUCCAAGCGCCCAGCCACAAUCGACGACGCAGAAGAGUCAUCUACUGAGGAAGCACCAAGUAAAGUUGCUCCUUCUAAACCCGCAGGAUUCUCUUUGAAUAAAAAGAAGAAAAAGAAGCCUUCGGCUGCAGCCACUCCGUCUGGCACUACUGUUGCUUCUACUGCCGAUGCCACCUCUACACCUAUAACAGGUCAGAAAGUUGGAGGGAAUACACCGAAAAAGGGAGACAAGACUACAGGUAGCGGGAAAGGCAAGGGCAAAGGAAAACCAGUGGAUGACCUUGAUCAGGCGUUGGCUGAGCUGUCCUCAAAGUAUUCCGAUAUAACCAUUCCUGAUCCUUCGAUGUCUCAGCCAUCCGCACCAGCACUGGUCUCUGCACUUCAAUCCUUACGAAGUUCAUUGUCCGUCCAAUCCAAACACUUGGACCCAGAUGCAGAGAUGAGGCGGUUCUUUGGCAGCAAAGUGAUCAACGCUGCCGAAAACUCGUCCUCUGCUUCGACGCCACCAGGAUACCAGCAGCCUCGAGGCCCAGUCUCCCGCUCCACCCUUUGCAAGCCACAAAAAACAUGGCCUCCAGGGGGCUCAAGAGACGGUCUUAGCAUGCGACCUUUGACUUCAGAGGAGAUGAAAUUGACUACUGGUGGGAACACCAAGGACAAUCAAGCGAAUAACUGGAUGCUCAUGCCUGGAGACAAAUGGUUUACUCUCGAGCAUUCACCGGCAUAUAGAUGGGACCAGCUACGAUUCAUCCAGGCCGUUGGAAUGCUUGACCCGAAUAACUUGUUUUCCCUCAUGCGAGAGUCAUAUUGGCAUGCCGACACGCUUUUACAGAUUGCCGAAGUGUAUCGUGCGCAAGAUGACUUUACCUCGAGAGCACUUUUCGCUUACGAGAAGAGCUUUACUGGGGCAUUUAAUCUAACUUCUGGUGCCAGUCGUCUCGACUUCAGGAAAAUAGAGACGAGAUAUCUAGAAAAGCGCGGAACGAUGCGAACAGCGUUCGAGUUUGCGCGGCUGAUGUGGGCUCUGGAUCCUUGGACAGAUCCAGAAGGAGCUCUUAUGCACUUGGAUUUCCUUGCUAUCAAAACUGAACAAUACGAUUGGUUCCUCGAAGUAGAAGAGUUAUGGGAAGAAAUUCGGAAGGAAAGGCCUUUCCUCCUUCCCUUAAUGGAGCGGCCUGGAUGGAGGUGGUCAAAGGCAUUGAUCUUGAGAGGCUUAGGACCCAAGAAGGGUGGAGGAGAGGCAAAGGCUACUGAAGAACUGAAGCGGGCUAUCAUAGAGUUCCCAGAAGUACUGAUAACGCUUGCUCCACUGGUUGGACUCACGGUUCCAAUUCGAGAGACCCGACAUACUCAGCCUUCUGCCUUCUGGCGCAAGUCUAUGCACACCGCUCUCUCUCUCUAUGGAAGAUUCCUGAGAACUCUGCAUGGCUCAGCUCAACCAUGGAGUCGGUUGCAUCUCAGGCUAUCAGUAGCUCGACAUGCCACCGUCUCUGACUUGAAGCCACUUGGUCCUUUCAUUGGUUCUCUCACCGCUGCCGUAGGAACACAGGAGCCUUAUGACAUAUUUCCACCCCAAGGGGAAGGAGUCACGACCUAUGACGAACAAUACUUUUCCACUGCAA